UCAAGCACUGGUUCACAGAGGUCAUGUACGGAGCCAGAUCUGUGUCAUUUCCCAUCAUACCACAGUUGCUUCUUUCCCCUGCACUUCCUUUUACGCUGUGUUUCCCAAGAUGCCCUACCAGAGAUUUGUAGAGGUUGGCAGAGUGGCCUUUGUGGCCCAUGGAGACGACAAGGGCAAGCUGGUUGUCAUUGUCGAUGUCAUUGACCAAAGCAGAGCUUUGGUCGAUGGACCCUGCUCUGGUGUCAACCGUAAAGACAUGAACUUCAAGGCCCUCCACCUGACCCCCUUCACCAUUAAGAUUGGUCCAUCUGCUCGCUCCGGACCUGUAAGGAAGGCAUGGGAGAAGGCUGACGUGACAAAGAAAUGGUCGGAGAGCACGUGGGCUAAGAAGCUGGCAUCCAGGGAAAGGAGAUCACAGUUGAGUGACUUUGAGAGGUUUAAGCUGAUGAAGGCCAAACAAGCUCGCAACCGUAUCAUCAAUGUUGAGUUUGGAAAAUUGAGGAACGCUGCCCGCAAAGCCGCCAAGAAGUAAAGGCCGCCACACGUUGAAUUUAUUAAUGUUCAAACUAAAUAAAAGGUUCUUGGCACAGUA